AUGGAAGCUGCGGGGAGCGGACGGUGCCGCCGCAGGCYCUGUCCCGGGACAAUCCUGGCCGGGUGCGAAUCCCAAGGGAAUGUCCCUCAGGGAGCGCCUCGUGCGCGCGCUCGGGAGUCUCGCGGGGCCGCGCGCGUGCCCGGGGCCGGCGGGAGCGCGCGCGGCCACAACCAACGGCCGCCAGCGCACGCGCACACGAGCGCGCGCUACCUGGGGGCGUGCCCGAGCGCGCCCGGCCCCGCCCCUGCCGGCACGUGCUCCUUCGCGCUCCCAUGGUGCCCCGCGCGCCGCGUGGAUUUUAAAUCCUGCGGCCAAUGGGGAGCGGCCGCGCGCGGUAACGGCCCCGGCGCCGCCUUUGAAUCGCAGCCGGACGGAGCCGUGCCGAGCUCAGCCCGGAUCCACCGGCACCCGGCAUUCCUAACUGCACCGGGACACCGGCACCCGGCAUUCCUAACUGCACCGGGACACCGGCACCCGCCACUGCUUCACUACAGACACCCGCGAUUCGCUGCUCUCCCGGCACCCACCGCUGCUUCUGUACAGGGACCGGGGACCCGCCGCUGCUUCGGUACAGGAACCGGGGACCCGCCGCUCUCCCGGCACUCCCCGCUGCUUUGGUACAGGGACCCGGGACCUGCCGCUCCCCCGGCAGCGGCACCGCACGGGCACAGCAUGAGCGAGCCUGCCCGGGCGGCGGCGGCAGCGGCGGGGAAGGAGGUGCCCAAGGUGCUCGUGGACCCGCGCACCCGGCGCAGUUUCGUGCGCGGACGGUUCCUUGGAAAGGGCGGCUUCGCGCGGUGCUAUGAGCUGGCCGAGGCCGAGAGCAGGGAGGUGUUCGCGGGGAAGGUUGUGCCCAAGUCGCUGCUGGUGAAGCCGCAUCARAAGGAGAAGAUGUCCAUGGAGAUCGCCAUCCACCAGAGCCUCUCCCACCGCCACGUCGUCGGCUUCCAGGGCUUYUUCGAGGACGACGACUUUGUCUACGUCGUGCUGGAGCUCUGCCGUCGCAGGUCGCUGCUGGAGCUGCACAAGCGGCGGAAAGCGCUCAGCGAGCCCGAGGUGCGGUACUACCUGCGCCAGACCAUCCUGGGUUGCCAGUACCUGCACAGCCACCGUGUCAUCCACCGCGACCUCAAGCUGGGCAACCUAUUCCUCAGCGAUGACAUGGAGGUGAAGAUCGGUGACUUUGGCCUGGCCACCAAGGUAGAAUACGAUGGRGAGCGCAAGAAGACCCUGUGUGGGACCCCCAACUACAUUGCCCCAGAGGUGCUGGGCAAGAAGGGGCACAGCUUCGAGGUAGACAUCUGGUCCAUUGGCUGCAUCAUGUACACUCUGCUAGUGGGAAAACCGCCUUUUGAGACUUCUUGUCUAAAGGACACGUACAUCCGGAUCAAGAAGAACGAGUAUACCAUUCCCAAGCACAUCGACCCCGUGGCCGCAAACCUCAUCCAGAAGAUGCUGAGAUCCGACCCUGCCACGCGCCCAACCAUCAAUGAGCUUCUGAACGACGAGUUCUUUACCUCAGGGUACCUCCCCAGCCGCCUGCCCACCAGCUGCCUGACCAUUGCACCCCGGUUCUCCCUGGCUCCCAGUGGGAUGGAACUCGGUGGGCGGAAGCCGCUGACCGCCCUCAACAAAGGACUAGACAGCCCUGCACAGGAGAACUUGCCGGACAAGGAGGAAACGGCAGGGCUGCGGGAGCUGGGAGAUGCUGUCAGCUGCCACUUGGCUGACAUGUUGCAGCAGCUGACUGCAGUCAAUGCAGCCAAGCCCUCCGAGAGAGUAGCAGUGAGACAAGAAGAAGCUGAGGACCCAGCCUGCAUUCCCAUCUUCUGGGUUAGCAAAUGGGUGGACUACUCGGAUAAAUAUGGACUUGGUUACCAGCUCUGUGACAACAGCGUUGGGGUUCUCUUCAAUGACUCCACUCGUCUCAUCAUGUACAACGAUGGGGACAACCUGCAGUACAUUGAGCAGAACAACACAGAGUCCUACUUCACUGUGAGAUCCUACCCGUCUGCACUCAAUAAGAAGAUAACACUACUGAAGUACUUCCGGAAUUACAUGAGUGAGCACUUGCUGAAGGCGGGGGCGAACAUCACACCACGGGAAGGGGACGAGCUGGCCCGAUUGCCCUACCUGUGCACMUGGUUCCGGACCCGCAGUGCCAUCAUCCUGCACCUCAGCAACGGCACCGUGCAGAUCAACUUCUUCCAGGACCACACCAAGGUCAUCCUGUGCCCUCUCAUGGCUGCUGUCACAUACAUAGAUGAGAAACGGGACUUCCGCACGUACAAGCUGAGCCUGAUUGAGGAGCACGGCUGCUGCCGGGAGCUGGCCAGCCGGCUCCGCUACGCACGCACCAUGGUGGAGAAGCUCCUCAGCUCCAAGUCUGGCUCAGGCCGGGUGAAGUCUUCYGCUUAGACCUUGCUCUUGCUGGACUCAACAUCUGUGCCAAACKGCCCAGCUGUGGAGGGAGAGGUCUGGGAGCUUCCCUCCCAUAGCCCAGCUGGGUUCCCACUCCUGGGGAUGGGCUCAUUGCCACAAGGAAACCCCUGCUGCUGUGGGAACUGUGUUGUUCACUCUGGUGCCCAAAGGUUUCUUGUUUCCCACUCCUAAUGAAGUCUAUUUUUUAAUUCCCUACCUAGUCUGUUCUUCUAAUUUCCCAAAGCCAAAAGCCCAACUCCACACCAGUUGUUUUGUUUGAAGGACCUUGACCUGCUCUUGAGAGAGCUGAGCUGUUACACAAGGUGUCCCAUACAUGACUGUGCUCUGGGCUUCGUUUCCUCUUGYAGAAGCUCAGGUAAGGGACUGAACAAGCCCCGGGUGAGAUUGAGCAAUCGGCUUUUUAAUACUGAAAUGACAUCAACUCUCAACUUUUGUAUAUUGCAUAACUUGAAUAAAGAGUUGUUUGAC